GUGAACUUUACGAUGGAAUUUUGUACUUGAUAUCCUCAACAGCGUUGGUGGGCGAUGGGCCCUUUACAUGAUCAAUUGAUAUUCAGCUUAACAUGACUUUCACUUCUACAUGCUUAUGUCUAAUUGUGUAGCAUUCAAUGCACGACUAUGCGAACACCUAAAAUCUUAUCGAACGAUAAGGCCCGAUUUCCUGACGGCUUUGGUCCCGCAACGCUGGAUCUGUGCGACAACUAGUGAACAUGCAAGCCCUGGCAGCCAGACAAUCCAGUGGAUCGGCCAUCAAACUAUGUGCUUGCUAGGAACCGUUCCAGAAGUGCUAGUACUUGUGCUUGUGUGGAACCACUAUCCGAAUCCGACUGCAUACACCAACGAUUAGUCCGAGACCAAUCUUACCGCCUGAUCGGAAAAGCAAUUUACAUCAUGGUAUACGGCGGGAAGCCAAGCACGGGGUGCCAGAACUGUCGAAAACGACGGAUCAAGUGCGAUGAAACUCGUCCACACUGCAGAGCAUGUGUUCGGACAGGCCGGACAUGUCCUGGCUAUCCGCACCCUUUCGAUGUCAUGUUAAGAGACCAAGUAGCUUUCCACCGCAAGAAGCGAGACACAUCUAGUAGAGUGUCUUCUCCAAAGAUGAGAGUGGAAUCGGUUCGAUCCUCGCCUGCUCCGGUAUCAUCCAGCGAUGCUUUGAUCAGCACCAACUUUAGCGCAGAUCUUCCGCAGACCGGACCACUACUGCGCACUGCGCAGGAGGAGGUCCCAAGGGCGUUGGUUUUGCCGACUGAUGAUACUGUGACUGCAAUGUUCUUCAAUUCGUACAUCUACUCGCCUCGAGAUCCAUUAAUCCUACGCGGGUUCAUGGACAUCUUGCCUGAUGUUUUCUGCUAUACUCAGCCUGGCUCUCAUUUACAUGUCGGCACUUUGGCCGUGUCGUACUUCUCCGUGGCUGCAUGGACGGGGAAUCGGUCUUUUCUGCAGACAGCACAGCAGUUGUUUGUCAAGGCUAUUGCAAAGACGAGGGAAGCGUUGCAGGGUGACAUCACUCACACUGUGGAUGAUAUUCUUAUGACCAUUCUUCUCUUGUCUACUUAUGAGGAGUUCUGCGCUAUCAAAGAAAACAGACAUCCAAGGAGGACACAUCUACGAGGUGCUGUCGCUCUCGUGAACAGCAAGCGGCCGGAGCAGCGAUCUUCGAUUAUAUCGCUGAUCUUAGAGAAUGCGGUCCAGGUCCAGCUGAUCAAAUCAUCCAAAGGGCUGGCCUAUCCGACCAUGCAGACGCCGAACCAAUGGCCCCUAUCUCCAGCAGCACCACAAUCAGCAUCAUCCCAGCUUCUAAUGAUCACCUCUGAGCUAGUCGGUCUCCGCCAAGCAUGGGAUAGAUUCAACGAAGAAGGCACAAACCAAGUCCAGGACAUCCACGACAUCCUCGCACGGGCUUACAGCUUAGAUGCGAAUCUCGAAGCCUGGAAAUACGCACUCCCUGAACACUGGAAACCACUCCCUGCGGUCCGAGUCCCCCAGUCCGUCCGGGAAGCCGGCAUGUACAAGAACCGCUGCGACUGCUACACCGACCUCUGGAUGGCCGGAACAUGGAACUUUUACCGGGAUUCCCGGAUUGUCGUGCAAAACAUCAUACUCCGCUGUCUGCAGAUUCUACCCGAUGGUGUGAUGCUGGAGCAAAUACAGGAGACUAUCAACCUGAUUGAGACUCUCGCUCUUGACAUCUGCGCCACUGUACCAUACAUUCUCGGCAGCCAGACGAUGUCGGUGCAUUUUAGCCCGCAGAAGAUCGAGUACCCAGAAGCCGACGGACGGCGAGUCACAACGCCUCAUUAUCCGACUGCUGCGCUCGUGGGUGGAUGGAUGGUCUCAUCUCACUUGUCGAAUCUGGAAUUGCUGUGUCUGAGCGAGGAGAUGAAUACAUGGAUUCGGGCGCAGAAGGAGCGCGUGCUGCAGAUAUAUACAUUUGGGGGAGAGGUGAGUCAAAUAAGUAUGUAAUAUACAUAGCCAUCAUAUAAGUGAUUUCGAUUCUCAAAAAUUCGAAUAAUAUCCAUUUUGCCCAGGUAU